AUGUGGCCGUGGCUGGAGAAGAUUGCGUCCGCGUGCUGGGACCGGGUCCGGAGGUACGCGCCUACGAGUACGAGGAGGGAUGAGGACGGCGGCAGCGGCAGCGGCGCCGACGCCGACGACCUGCUGCUCUGGUCGCGGGACCUCGGGCGCCACGCGGCGGGGGACUUCUCCUUCGCCGUCGUGCAGGCCAACGAGGUGCUGGAGGACUACAGCCAGGUCGAGACCGGCGCCGCCGCCACCUUCGUCGGCGUCUACGACGGCCACGGCGGCGCCGAGGCCUCCCGCUUCAUAUCCAACCACCUCUCCGCGCACCUCGUCCGUCUUGCCCAAGAAAGCGGAGCAGUAUCUGAGAAUGUUGUCCGAAAUGCCUUUUCUGCUACAGAGGAAGGCUUCCUGUCGCUUGUGCGCAGGACACACCUGAUAAAACCUUCUAUAGCUGCCAUCGGAUCUUGCUGUCUGGUUGGUGUCAUAUGGAGAAAAACACUGUACCUGGCCAAUCUUGGCGAUUCUCGGGCGGUUGUCGGCUGUUUAGUUGGAUCAAACAAGAUUGUUGCCGAGCAGCUAACGAGAGACCACAACGCAAGCAUCGAGGAAGUGAGGCAGGAGCUUAAAUCUCUUCAUCCUGAUGAUUCACAGAUUGUUGUCCUGAAAAAUGGUGUCUGGCGCAUCAAAGGCAUUAUACAGGUUUCAAGGUCUAUAGGUGAUGCAUAUUUAAAGAAGCAAGAAUUCGCUGUUGAUCCGUCCAUAACUCGAUUCCAUCUCUCCGAGCCUCUCCGACGGCCUGUUCUAACUUCCGAGCCAUCAAUAAGUACGAGACUUAUUCGUCCACAAGAUAGUUUUGUUAUCUUUGCGUCGGAUGGAUUGUGGGAGCACCUUACGAACCAGCAAGCCGUCGAAAUCGUGCACAACAAUUCACGUGAAGGUAUUGCAAGGAGGCUGAUCAAAGCAGCUUUGAAAGAAGCUGCACGGAAGAGGGAAAUGAGGUACAACGAUAUUACGAAACUAGAGAAAGGGGUCCGUCGAUUCUUCCAUGAUGACAUCACAGUUGUUGUAGUUUUCAUUGAUCAUGGGCUACUGCAGGAGGGGAAUGCUUCUGCUCCUGAACUUUCAGUUCGUGGCUUUGUUGAGUCAGGAGGCUCCUCCAGCUUUUCAGGGUUAAAUAGCAUUUCUUGA